AUGGCGAAAGUGGAAUGGCAGGCGCUGGAAUCAAACCCCGAAGCGAUCAAUCCGUUCAUGGAAAAAAUUGGAGUAAAAAGUGUUAAGUGCAUAGACAUAUUUUCCUUCGAUGAUGAUGCACUGAAGGAGCUACCAAAGCCUCAGUUAGCAAUGCUGUUGUGUCUGCCAGACUACAAAAAGGUUGAAACCAUUAUGGCUCCGAUUUAUGAAAAACUUCGUUCGGAAUGUGUGACACCACCAGCUAAUGUGUUCUUCAUGGAACAAAAGAUAAACAAUGCAUGUGGUACAUUCGCGCUGUUUCAUGCUCUAGCAAAUAUUGAAGACUUGGUUGAUCUCGGUUCUGGUUCGUUCCACAAGUGGCUCGAAGCGGCGAAAGGAGUAGGAAUCGACCAGAGAUCAGAUCUUCUUGCCAAUGAUCCUUCUCUUGCGGCGGCACAUGAGGAAGCUGCUCGUUGCGGAGAUUCUCGUCAACCGGAAGAGAUUGAACAUCAUUUCGUCUGUUACGUAAAUAAAGACGGAACUCUUUUCGAAAUAGACUCGAGAGCGCCAUUUCCACGACCGAUUGGUGUGACCACAGGCGACACUUUGGUCAAAGAUGCAGAAAUCUUGGAGAUGUCUAUGCCACAGUGGCGAGCUCUCGAGUCGAAUCCAGACACCAUAAAUGCGUUCAUGAAUAAAAUAGGUGUUCGAGGAGUGGAAUGCGUUGAUGUAUUUUCAUUUGAGCCAGAAAUGUUGGAGUUCAUUCCAGCUCCACAAUUGGCACUCAUACUUUGUUUUCCUGAGAAAGACGGCAAUAGACCACUGGAAGCAGCAUACGAUGCACUGCGUGCUUCUGGAGAACAGCCUCCCACAAAUGUGUUUUUCAUGAAGCAAAAGAUAGAGAAUGCUUGCGGUACAUUUGCACUAUUUCACUCUCUUGCUAAUCUUGAAGGAGUCGUGGAUCUAGGUAGUGGUUCUUUUUCUAGUUGGCUCAAGGAAGCAAAACAGUUAUCAGCGGAGGAGCGAUCAGAUUCACUUUUAAGAAACACUCAGUUAGCUGCUGCACAUGAAGAGACUGCGAUGGAGGGGGAGACUGAGGAAGCGACAACUGUUGAACAUCACUUUAUUUGCUAUGUAGAAAAAGAUGGGAUACUCUACGAGAUUGAUUCCUCUGCUCCAUUUCCACGCUCGUUAGGAGAGAUUGGUGGAGAACAGCUUUUGAGUGCUGCUGCGAUGGCACUAGUGAAGAGCGCUUGA